UCGAUGACAUCAACUGAACUUAACAGUCUUUUACAAUGCACUAGCGAAUUUCUAUGGAGAUCGUUCAAGUACACCCGUCCUCUGAAGCUUCUGAAGCCGAUCCCACUCAACAGCCUCCUGUAAAGACAACACGACGCCGUUAUUUCACCGGAGACGGACCUAUUCCCGCUAACAAGCGGGUCCGGAUACCACCUAUCUGUGUCCCCGCCAUUUGCCGCCUCAAACAGGAAUUGGGUCUUCGUUCCGACGGUGAAAUCGUCCAAUGGCUCAUCCACGAGGCCCGACCCCAACUCGUCCCUGCUACCAUAUCACCACCCCACUCUCGCCCAUCUAGCAACGCUCUCAACCACUCCCUUCCUAAACCCCUCUGCAUGGAGUACCUCAACGAAGAUAAGCUCGCGUCUUAUCUUCCAGUUGCCACUGCCGGUGGUACGUCUGCAAUUAAGCCGGUCAGGGCGACUGUGGUUCAGGCGUCGACUGUGCUCUUCGAUACUCCGGCAACACUGGAUAAAGCAGAAAGACUAAUUGCUGGGGCUGCUGCGUAUGGGUCGCAAAUGGUGGUAUUUCCAGAAGCAUUUCUUGGCGGUCACCCAAGGUAUAUGGCAACAGAUGUUGAUUUGCAGAAGUAUUCUGCCUCCGCUAUAGAUGUGCCUGUAUAUGCAGGCCCUGAAGUUGAUGGGCUUGCAAAAAUUGCUGGUAAAUAUAAAGUGCACUUAGUAAUGGGAGUGGUGGAGAGAGAUGGACUCUAUCUCUUUAGUACAAUUCUGUUUUUUGAUUCCAUGGGGCAGCACCUUGGACAUCACCGCAAGCUAAUGCCAAUGGCAUCAGAGAGUGCAGUGUGGUUUUCAGGAGAGAAAACAUCACUACCAGUAUAUAAGACCACAAUUGGGAAAGUUGGCGGCUUGGUAUCUUGGGACAACAAAUCACCACUUCUGAGAACUGAAUUAUAUGCUAAAGGUGUUGAAAUAUAUUGUAUACCUUCUGCUGAUGCAAGGGAAAUAUGGAAGGCAUCUAUGAUCCAUGUUGCCGUGGAAGGUGGCUGCUUUGUUCUUUCUGCAAACCAAUUUAGCCGAGGGAGAGACAGUCCACUACCACUGGGAAAUUCAGAUAGUGAUACAGCACUAGAUGAAAUAACAAGUGCUGGGGGUAGUUUAAUUGUUUCGCCGUCAGGGACCAUCUUGGCAGGACCUAAUUACCAAGGAGAGUGUCUUAUCUCAGCUGAUAUGGACCUCGAAGAGAUCGGUCGAGCAAAGACAGAAUUUGGCGGAGUUAGGAAUAAUCUCAACCCAAACCAUGUUGGUUGGACUACAAGUGGAUCGAAUCCAAUUUCUUUAGCAACAGAUGUGAAAGCAGAAGUUCCCAAGCAGCUUUCAUGGUGACUCGGCUGUGUAGAAAUUGUUAGGUCUAGAAUUAACUUGUCUUAAUCUUACAAGGGCAAUGACUAGUUUAGAUUUUGCUUAUCACUUAUCAUGUGUAUAAAGUUUGGGUAAACGAGUAAUCAGAAUAUGCCUGGUAUUACAGUAA